AUGUGGAAUGACGAGGAUAACAACCCAUAUGGGACCAGCUUCGACCGCCGCGACUCACAGACGUCAUCGUCCAUAAAUCCAACGUCGCCAUCCUCUCGAGACUACCGAUCCUUCGACGCUCCCCGAACUCCAACAUCUGGCAGCGAGGACGAUGAGCCAAUGUUUAGCCAAGCAACUGCCGUCCCCCGGCACGAGAGUCAUGACCAUGGAGCGCCUCAAGACGAGCCCGUUCAGAAGAGAAAGCCUGGGGGCUAUACAAGCCGCAUCGAACAAAUCCUUUACGAAAACCCAAACAUGCCCAUCUUAAUCACUGAUGCUGGGAAGAGUCUGGAAAGCGGAGGUCGAUACAUAGUCUACACUAUCCGAACCGGGGAUCUAGAAGUUAGACGACGUUACUCCGAAUUCGCGUCACUGAGAGACGCUCUUACUCGGCUGCACCCCACUCUCAUUAUCCCACCAAUUCCUGAAAAGCACACCAUGGCAGACUACGCCGCCAAACCAACCAGCGCCAAGCAGGAUCAGCAAAUAAUCGACCUUCGAAAGCGAAUGUUAGCAGUCUUCUUGAACCGCUGUCGCCGCAUGGAAGCAAUCCGUGACGACGGUGUUUGGUGGAGGUUUCUCGACCCCAAUGCCAGCUGGAGCGAGGUUCUACACUCACAUCCAGUGGCUUCCAUUCCCAAGGCUAUUCUCAAGGCUCCGCCGUUGGAUACAGCGAACCCAACCCCGGCACAUAAUUUCCUCCCUGUCCCUUCCACCUCAGCCAAGCUCAAGACAACAGCCGGAACUACCUAUGACAUCAAUCCCUCAGUACCCCAGACUGGGACACAUGUCAUAGGCCGUUUCCCUCCAGAUUCUACUACGCAGAGCGAGCACGACCUAGAUCCUUACUUCAUAUCCUACGAGGCCUCUAUCAAGGAACUCGAGCAGCUUCUCAUGGGACCCAUGGAGAAAGUCAAUCGUCGAACCCUUUCACAUCUUUCAUCCCUUGCGGCAGAUCUUUGCGAGCUAGGUUCGCGUUACAAUGCAUUUGCGUUGUCGGAGCAGGCUCCCUCGCUAGGUCCGGCUAUUGAGCGAGUCGGCCAGGCGGCUGACUUGUCGUAUAUUGCCACUGAAGAAUUAGCCGGGUCACUUGGCGCAAGCUUUGCUGAGCCAAUGAGAGAAAAUGCCCAAUUUGCGGGUGUCGUCAAGAGCGUGCUCAGAUACAGAGUACUGAAAAGAGUGCAGCAAGAUCUCACGACAGAAGAACUGGCUAAGAAAAAGGGACUGUUGGAGCAGCUGGAACAAAGUGAAGCGGAAGCGAGGCGGAUUGAACAAUACCUGUCCAGCAGCCAGCAAUUAUCUCCUCCGCCUAAACGAUCAACGAGCCUAAAGGAGCCGUCAUCUCAGCAUAGGCGCGAUACGGGACAAGACGACACCGAAUCUAUCGACUCGGAUUUUCCUCCGACCCAUGGAGAUUUCUCCUCAUCAACGCCAUCCGCCAGUCAGGGCCUUCCCGAGCGAAGUGCUAGUGUGUCCCAUAAGAAGGCGCCUAGCAGCAACUCCAUUACAAACAAAAUCUUCGGUCCUCUCCGCCACGCUAUACAGGGCGUUGCAGAUGUAGAUCCUGAGCGGACCCGACGCGAUACUAUUGGUAAAACCCGAGAAUCGAUUGGUCAACUAGAGCAGGCUCAAGUAGCUUCAGAACUGGACGUUAAAGAGGCCAGCGCUAGUGUAUUGCAAGACCUUAAGAGAUUCCAGAGAGAUAAGGAAGAUGAUCUCAAGCGAUACAUGCUUGCCUAUGCAAAGAGCCAAAUCGAAUGGGCUAAGAAAAGUAAACAACAAUGGGAAGAGGCACGAGCAGAAGUUGACAAGAUAGACGAAAAUUAG